AUCAGUAAACAAUAUAUUCAAAAAAAAUAAAAAUGAGUGGCCACCUCCUCAACUCAUUAAUGUUGUCACUCAUCCUCGCCGCCUUGUUCAUGAACGUGACCGAUGUUGCAGGUCUGUUCGAGAAGGAACGUGUGGAGAUAAAAAACAAGCUGCGUUACAACAAGAUCCUCAAGCUUCACUGCAAGUCCAGAGACGACGAUCUCGGGGUCCAUCUGAUCCCUCCGUGGGGAACCUACGAGAUCGUGUUUCACGACAACCUUUUCUACAGGACCCUUUUCUGGUGCAACCUUUGGCAAGGUCCUCAUUACAAGCACCACCAAGCUUUUGCGGUCUACGAUUCGAAUCGGGGGAUAGUUCCGAAGAAGGGAAAUAAGAUCGUGUGGGAAGUGAUAGAGUACGGCAUCUUGGAGUAUAUAGACGAGACCCAUAAGGAGUUAUGGUACCGUUGGGACCUCCCUCAUGGUGAAGCCAGUUCCCCUCUGACUUAUGUUGAUGAGGAUUUGUCUCCCCGUUAGGGCUGUUUGAUUAUCUGUGUUUGUUUUCUUGUUUAAGGGUGAUAUCAAUAAGAUCAAAAUAUUUUUUU